AGCGCCCACGGGGCCGGGAUGAGCCUGACCUCGGCGCCCGGCGCCCGUCGGCUCAGCCGGGCGGCGCCCCACGCGGGCCCGCGAACGGAAUCUCCUGUCGUGGAGCUGAACGUUGGGGGUGAGUUCUAUACCACUACCUUGGCCACCUUGAGAAAAUUACCAGGCUCGAAGCUGGCAGAGAUGUUCUCCAGCUCAGCCAAGGCGUGCACGGAUGCAGAGGGACGCUUCUUCGUCGAUCGCUGCGGCACCUAUUUCGGACCCAUCCUAGAAUACCUGCGCAGUGGGCAGCCGCCCACGCAGCACAUCCCCGAGGUGUACCGUGAGGCUCAGUACUACGAAAUCAAGCCUUUGAUCAAACUCCUGGAGGACAUGCCACAGAUCUUUGGUGAGCAGGUGGCUCGGAAGCAGUUCUUGCUCCGGGUGCCAGGCUACAGCGAGAACCUGGAGCUCAUGGUGCGCCUGGCGCGUGCGGAGGCCUUGGCUGCGCGCUACUCCGAAGUGCUGGUGUGCGUCGUGCGCAACGAAAAGGAUGAUGCGAACAGCGCAGACACCCUGCGCCUCCUGGAGGCGAACAAGAGGUCGGUGGUCAAGUUUGGGCCUUGGAAGGCAUCCCCGACCAUUGAUGAUCUACUGGACUGCGUCAAGAUGGACAUUCAGGCCCAAGGGUACCAAGUACACUGUUCACCCAACAGUACACUGCCGGCUAAGGUCUCCGAUUACUUCCAUACAUUCUGCUUCAGCUGGUGGUGAUCCUUGGGGACGGAGGUUGUUAUGGGCUCCAGUUGCCUUCGAAAGCCAUCAUCCUUUAAUUUCACAAACAUCAAAAACUUCCAAUGUGGUCUACUUGAGUCUUGCUUCCAAAUAUUUAAUUCCCUCUUGAGGAUUUUCCAUUCUUUGCAAGUGACUCCACUGUACUUGCCUAGUGAGGUGAAGCUGCUCCCUCUUUAAAGCUGUCCGUACCUCUCAGACCUUUCCCUUGAAGUCCAGUAGCAAGGCGGAGAUGAACUGGAAUGAUUUAACAAUGCUUUGGCUGGAGAUGCGGGAUGACAACAGGAAAAUAAUAUGAUGCCAUGAGUCUAGACAGUCAGAUCUAAAAAUGUAACCUAUCCAGCCUCAGCUUGUGAUCCAAUCUUCCAGCCCUGGUGUGUGCCUUCAUGAGGAAGAUGCCAAGUUAGCAGCGGUAGUAUAUGCCACUCAGAUCUUUCCCAGAUGCUGUGUUGGCAGCUAGAGCCUUACAGCUAUCCUCUUAUCUAGAGCAGUAGUUCUCAGAGUGUGGUCCCUAGACCAGCAGCAUCAGCAACACCUGGGAACUGUUAGAAAUACAAAUUCUCUAGGCCCCCUACCUCAGGCUUACUGAAACAGAAACUCUGGGAGUUAGCCCAGUGGUCUGCUUUAACAAGCCUUCCAAGUAAUUCUGAGGCAUUCUUAAUUUUGAGGCCUGCUCAAGAAAAGAAUUGCCAUCUUGCUUGUGUAGAGGUACAGCAGAUGGAUCCCUUACCUCAGGGAGGAACCAACUCUGGUGCAGUUUCUGUUCUAGAGCUCCUCAGGAGAUCAGGCUGAAGUCAGUCUUCAUCGGCCACCACAUUCUGGCUUAGCAGUCUUCCUCUGUUCUAUCCUGCUUCCCUCACUCCCCUCCACCUGAGAGCACAUCCUCAAUAAACCACUUGCACAAGAGACUCUCAGGUUCUGCUUCUCAACCAGAGACAUUAAGUAACUCUAAACAGGACACAUGUAGCCACUCAUCCUUCUCCAAGUCCAGGUCAGGGAUAGAUGGCCACCUUCCCCACCUAGUAGGAUGACCAGCUAUUCUGGUUCCCUAGGAAUGAAGGUCAAGUUUAACUAUCAAGCUUUUAGAAGUUAAUACUGAAUCAGGGAAUUUCAAAUUCAAACAUAAAAUUGCUCAGAACAUAGUCAUUUUCAGUGAGCGUUUUAAUUCAGUAACUGCAUCUGCUUGUAUAUUUUUUCUUAUUUUCAAACGUGUUCUCUUUUCCUUUUUUGGUAUUUAACAUGGCUGAUGAUUUAAAGUGGAAAAAUCCUGAAUGUCUGUUUGAACUUUAUAUCAUGAAACAAUUCAACAUUACUCAUCAAGAGCCUG